UAGCUCUUUUUCCUCCUCACCUGUUGCCGGCACGUGGAACCAGAAGAGGAGCCAGGGAGAUGAGGAGCUGCUCCUAUCUGACAAUAGUCCAGAGAGUUAAGAGGAGGCAGUCCCCCCGGCAGCAAUCUGGACCCAUGGUCGGAGGGUGCGCUUGGCAUGGGACUGAAGUGCGUUUGUCUGUGGGAGUUGUAAGCGAGGUCGCCAUCACGAAAGCCAAAGUGGAGUUCUCCAGCGUGGUCUGCCUGCCCCCUUCCGUCAUCACUGUGAACGGGCUGGACGGAGGCGGGGCCGGCGAAAAUGACGACGAACCGGUGUUGGUGGCCCUUUCCGCGGCGCCGAGCCCCCAGAGCGAAGCCGUCGCCAACGAGCUGCAGGAACUCUCCCUGCAGCCCGAGCUGACGCUCAGCCUCCACCCCGGCAGGAAUCCCAACCUGCCCCCGCUCAGCGAGCGCAAGAAUGUGCUGCAGUUGAAGCUCCAGCAGCGACGGACCCGGGAGGAGCUGGUGAGCCAAGGGAUCAUGCCGCCUCUGAAAAGUCCAGCUGCCUAUCACGAGCAGAGAAGGAGCCUGGAACGGGCCCGGACGGAGGACUACCUGAAGCGGAAGAUCCGUUCCCGGCCAGAGAGAUCGGAGUUGGUCAGGAUGCACAUUUUGGAAGAGACCUCGGCCGAACCUUCCCUCCAGGCCAAGCAGCUGAAGCUGAAGAGGGCGAGGCUUGCCGACGACCUCAACGAGAAGAUAGCCCAGAGGCCGGGCCCCAUGGAGCUCGUGGAGAAGAACAUCCUGCCGGUGGAGUCCAGCCUGAAGGAGGCCAUCAUCGUGGGGCAGGUGAACUAUCCCAAGGUGGCCGACAACUCCUCCUUCGACGAGGACAGCAGUGACGCGCUGUCUCCCGAGCAGCCCGGCAGCCACGAGUCCCAGGGGUCGGCGCCGUCGCCGCUCGAGGCCCGGAUCGGCGAGCCGCCGCCCGGCGUCCCCUCGCCGUCGCCCGCUCAGGUGGCCUCCCAGCUCCAGAUAGGCCCGGAUUCCGGAGAAUCGCCUUUCCUGGUUGAGCAGCCACCUCCCCCUCUGCCCCCACCGCCUCUGCUGUCUCCUAACCUCACCAACGGAGCCACCCUUCCUCCUCCUCCUCCUCCUCCCGCCGCCGCCAAGGCCCCACCCACGCUCAUCAAGCAGAGCCAGCCCAAGUCUGCCGGGGAGAAGUCCCAGCGCAGUAAGAAAGCCAAGGAGCUGAAGCCAAAGGUGAAGAAGCUGAAGUACCAUCAGUACAUCCCCCCGGACCAAAAGCAAGACAAGGGGGCGCCCUCCAUGGACUCCUCCUACGCCAAAAUCCUGCAGCAGCAGCAGCUCUUCCUGCAGCUCCAGAUUCUGAACCAGCAGCAGCAGCAGCAUUAUAACUACCAGACCAUCCUGCCAGCUCCACCCAAGCCGGCCGGGGACCAGCCGGGCAGCGGCGGGGCCCCUCCCGCGCGCGGUCUCGCUGCCGUCCCGGGAGGCUCGGCCUCCGUCGCCCCCGGAGCCGGGGGGCCGCCGCGCCAGAACGGCGGCGUGGCGGGCGGCAGGCCGGGACCCCUCCCCUCCAAUCUGGACGACCUGAAGGUGGCGGAGCUGAAGCAGGAGUUGAAGCUGCGGGCCCUGCCCGUCUCGGGCACGAAGACGGACCUGAUCGAGCGGCUGCGGGCCUACCGGGAGCAGAACGGCCCCGCGGGCGGGCCCCCCAAGGCCGGCCCCCCGGCGGCCGGGCCCCCCGCGGCCCUGCUCCCCAAGGCCGGCGAGGUGGUGGUGGCCUUCCCCGCGGCCCGGCUCGGGGGCGCCGGGCCGGCCCUCGUGGCGGCCGGCGUCUCCCCGGGCGAGGUGGUGGUGGCCACGGUGUGCGGCGACGGGGUGGUCAGGUUGGGCAGCGCCAGCUCCACGCCCCCCGUCUCCCCCACCCCCUCGGAGCGCUCCCCUCUCGGCGCCGGGGACGACGGCUCCGCGGCCGGCGACGCCUUCGGCGAGAUGGUGACGUCGCCCCUGACCCAGCUGACCCUGCGCGCCUCGCCCCUGCGGCUCCUGGUGAAGGAGGAGGGGCCCGGGGCCGCCGGGGCGCCCCGCGGCCGGAGCCCGGCCCCCGCCCGGCCCGGGCGGGGCGGCGGCCGGGACCCGGAGGCCCGGGACAAGGACCAGAUGCUGCAGGAGAAGGACAAGCAGAUCGAGGAGCUGACCCGGAUGCUGCGGCAGAAGCAGCAGCUGGUGGAGCUGCUCCGGCUGCAGCUGGAGCAGGAGAAGCGGGCCCAGCAGCCCCCGGCCCCCGACCCGGCCGCGCCCGGCCCCCGGGUCAAGCGGGAGGACGGCUUCUCCAGCUGCCGGUUGGGCCGCCGGCCCGAGGGCCCGGGCCGCGGGGAGCCCCCCGGGCCCAGCUCGGCGCCGGAGGCCGCGGCCGAGGUGAAGCAGGAGGAGCCGUGGGCGGGCGAGGCCGAGCCGCCCCUCCGGGCCCGCGGGCCGCGCCUCUUCCUCGGCCCGCGGGGCGGGGGCCUCCCCCGGGGGCCCGCCCCCCCCGCCCUCAUCGCCGACCCCGCGGGGAUCCACGUCGUCCUCGCGGUGGCCGACGGGAGCGCCGGGCGGCCGGGCCCCUCCCCGCCGGGCAAGGCGGGGAGCGGCCGGUCCCCCUCGCAGCCCGCGGCCCGGCCGGGCUCUCCCGCGGCCCUCCCGCCCGCCCAGAUGGACCCCGACCGGCGACCGCCGCCGGCCCGGGCGCCGUUCGGGGCCUCCGCGCCCUCGGGCCCCAAGAAGGAGCCGCCGGGCUACGACGAGGCCGCCGAGCGACAAGCGAGACCUCGGGAGGAGAACAGCUCCUCCAUCCAGCAGAUGGACGACCUCUUCGACAUCCUCAUCCAGAGCGGAGAGAUCUCAGCCGAUUUCAAGGAGCCGUCGCCCCCGCCGGGGAAGGGGUCGCCGCCGUCCCCGGCCCGCCCUUCGCCCCCGCCCCGUUCCCCGGGGCCGCCCGCGGCCGCCGCGGCCCCCGGCCGGCUGGAGGACUUCCUGGAGAGCAGCACCGGGCUGCCCCUGCUGCCGGCGGGACACGACGGGCCCGAGCCCCUGUCCCUCAUCGACGACCUGCACAGCCAGAUGCUGAGCAGCUCGGCCAUCCUGGACCACCCGCCCUCCCCCAUGGACACGUCGGAAUUGCACUUCGCCCCCGAGCCCGGCGCCGGCCUGGGCCUGGACCUGGCCGCCUCCCACCUGGACGGCAUGGACUGGCUGGAGCUGUCCGGGGGCCCGGCCGCCAGCCUGGCGCCUCUCGGCGCCGCGGCUCCCAGCCUCUUCUCCACGGACUUCCUGGACGGCCACGACCUGCAGCUGCACUGGGACUCCUGCUUAUAGCCGGCCGCCUCCCUCCCGGGGCCGCGCGGAACCGACGGGCGCCCUCGGCCGCCCCUCCCUCUCCCCGCCGCCCCAUCCUCUCUCCUCUCCUCUCCUCUCCUCUC